CUUUCUCCCCAUCGUCUCUCCAAUCCAGCGAUGUUCUCUGCUUCCCCCAAGCUACUCUGCCCUCAAAGUUUUUCUUUCACAACAUAUCCUAAUUACCAGCUCCCAUUUUCACCCAAAAUUCGCUUCCUUUAUCCUCACAAACCCCUAAUUCGAUGUGCCAGAAAAGGGUCCAAACGAACAGGUAAGUCGAGGUACCCAUCAGAAAAAAAGAAGCUAAAAUCAAUCCAACAAAUUCAAACCGAUAUCGAUAAGUUCAAAGGGUUUUGGAGGCUUUUCAAACUCGGUGUUCCCAUUGAUAGAGACGCUGGUAAAGAUUUUCUUGAUGUUUCUGAUGCUUUGCUUGAGGAGGUCGCCAAAGUUCUUGAAUUUCCGGUUGCUUCAAUGUUACCCCGAGAAGCUUUUACAGUUUUAAGGAAAUCCUUUGACGCUAGAAAGAGUCAGAAGGAGCCGAAAUUUGUGUACACAGUGGAAAUGGACGUCGAUAAGCUCCUGAAUCUUGAACCCCGAACAUGGGACUUUAUUUCACGCUUAGAACCCAAAAUUGGGGUCAUCGAGCAUACGCCUCAUGAGAAAGUCAUUGGUGAUUUAAUUAACAUAAUACAAGAUAACAAGAAACUCAACCAAGAUAGAGUGAAAGAAGAAAAUGGUCAUACUAAUUCAUUAAGUUCUUACAAGCUUCCAUCUACUAAAAAGGCAAAAAUUGCAGUUGUGGGAAGUGGUCCAUCUGGUUUGUUUGCUGCUCUUGUGCUUGCAGAGUUUGGUGUUGAUGUGACUUUGAUAGAAAGAGGGCAACCCGUUGAGAAACGUGGGCGUGAUAUUGGUGCUUUGGUUGUCAGGCGAAUACUGCAAACCGAAAGCAACUUUUGUUUUGGCGAGGGUGGUGCAGGUACUUGGAGUGAUGGAAAGUUGGUGACUAGAAUUGGGAGGAACAGUGGAAGUGUGUUGUCUGUUAUGAAAACCUUAGUUCGGUUUGGAGCUCCAGAAAGCAUCCUGGUUGAUGGAAAGCCCCAUUUAGGAACCGAUAGACUCAUACCACUUCUCCGUAACUUUCGACAACAUUUACAAGAUUUGGGGGUUAACAUAAGGUUUGGAAGUAGGGUGGAUGAUCUGAUUGUAGAAAAUGGUCAUGUUGUUGGAGUGAAUGUAUCUGAUUCAAGUGGAAGAUUAGGGUUUAGUAGUGAGAAGCUGGGAUUUGAUGCAGUUGUUCUUGCAGUUGGGCAUUCUGCACGUGAUGUAUACCAAAUGCUUCUUUCUCAUAAUACGGAAUUGGUCCCUAAAGAUUUUGCUGUUGGUUUGCGGAUUGAGCAUCCACAAGAAUUGAUAAACAUCAUUCAGUACUCAAAAUUGGCCAAUGAGGUUCGAAGUGGACGUGGGAAAAUACCAGUUGCUGAUUACAAGGUUGUUGAAUAUGUCAAAAGAGAAGACAACAACGAUACACCACAAAGGAGUUGUUAUUCUUUCUGCAUGUGUCCUGGUGGACAGGUGGUUGUAACGAGCAUAGAUCCAUCAGAACUUUGUAUAAAUGGCAUGUCAUUUUCUCGAAGAGCAUCUAAAUGGGCUAAUGCUGCACUUGCUGUCACUGUUUCACCAAAGGAUUUUAAUGAUCUUGGUUUUCAUGGACCUCUUGCAGGUGUUGACUUUCAGAGGGAAUUCGAACAAAGAGCAGCUAUUAUGGGAGGUGGAAAUUUCGUUGUCCCUGUGCAAACCGUUAAAGAUUUCAUGGAUAAUAAAUUGUCUGCGAGUAAUAUACCAUCAUCAAGUUACCGAUUAGGGGUGAAGGCAGCAAAUCUGCAUGAGUUGUUUCCUGUUCAUAUAACAGAGGCAUUGCAGCAUUCAAUCAUGGCGUUUGACCAAGAGUUACCAGGAUUCAUUUCCAGUGAUGCCCUUCUUCAUGGAGUAGAGACUAGAACUAGCUCUCCUGUCCAGAUUCCUAGAAAUCCAGACACUUUCGAGAGCAUGUCAUUGAGGGGAUUAUAUCCAGUGGGAGAAGGUGCAGGGUAUGCAGGUGGGAUUGUGAGUGCAGCCGUUGAUGGGAUAUCACUUUUUCUGAUCUCUUUCUGCUUCAAUUAUGGUGAUAUAGCAUAUCACUCUGUAAAGAAAUUUGUUGUUUUUAAAGAUCUGGGAAAUGUUUUUGAUCAUAUGAUAGAAGAGCUUAAUCCAAUGUGGCCAAAUUUAAAGACUAGAGAAGUUAGCUCUAGAUACAAAUCACCUACACCAAGGCGUUGUCCUUCUCCAAACACAACAAGAAAAGCUACAACACCACAAGUAUCCCCACCAAAUAGAGCUAUAUCUGCAGAAAGAAGACGACCCGGAACACCAAAAUUACCAUCAUACCCCUCCACCCCAAUCCAUGAUACAUCUAUCAAUAUGGAAGUGAUAACCAGAAAGGCAAUUCCUUCACCAAUGCGUAGUCUAAGUGUUUCUUUCCAAUCUGAUUCGUUUUCCAUGCCCACUAGUAAGAAAGAGAAGCCACCUCCUCAAGCUCUUUCUGAUAGAACCCUAAAGUCAUCAUCAAAUGUAUCACAGAAACCUUCUAGAAAGUCUACCCCUGAGAGGAAAAGAAGUCCACUCAAGGGUAAAAAUGUCAUCGACCAAUCGGAAAAUUCCAAACCUUUAGAGAGCUUACAUUCCAAACUAGUGGAACAACAUCGGUGGCCUAGCAGAACAAGUUCUAAAUCCAAGCCUUUAGGAAAAUCUACAAGCGAUCCUGCGAGGUUAUUAUCGUCAUUUUCCGAUAAAGGAAAGUUGGAAUAUGACAAUCUACUAAGAAUGUCGAAUCUUGUUUCUUCAAGGUCUCAAUCUUUACCUGUUGUUACACCAAACAAGCCAUCUGUUUUGGCUUUGAAAAAUGUGAGUCCUUCUAGAAGGUCUUGUAGUCCUUUGAGACAACCCUGCAACUCGAAUAAAGCUUCUGUUCUCACAUUUAUUGCUGAUAUUAAAAAGGGAAAACGAGUUGUUGAUCAGAUAGAAGAUGCUCAUUAUCUGAGACUACUUCACAAUAGACAAAUUCAGUGGAGAUUUAUUAAUGCCACUUCAGAAGCUGGCUUCAACUCCCAGAAAUCAACUGCUAAGAAAUCUUUAUUUAAUGUGUGGAGAAGUACCUCAGAACUCCAUGAUUCAGUAGCUGCAAAGAGGAUUGAGCUCAAUCAGUUGAGACUGAAGCUAAAGCUUUAUUCAGUUUUAAAUCAACAAAUGACUUAUCUCAAUGAAUGGGCUUCAAUUGAAAAGGAGCACAAAUUUGCUUUGUCUGGUGCUAAUGAAGAUCUAGAGUCAAGCACUCUUCGAGUCCCUGUAACUAGAGGUGCAAUGGUGGAUAUUGAAACUUUGGAGUCUUCUCUUUGUUCAGCUAUCCAAGUAAUGGAAACAAUUGGAUCUUCCAUACAGUCUACUCUAUCAAGGAUGGAGGGACCAAAUUGUCUGGUUUCUGAACUUGCUACUGUGGUAUCACAUGAAAGAGCUCUUCUUGAUGAAUGUGAAGUUCUAUUGACUUUUGUAGCUUCUUUACAGGAAAAGGAAUACAGCCUUAGGACACACCUAGUACAAUUGAAACAAAAUUGGACAACUCCAUAAGUCUAUAUUUUCCAUCAUGAUAACUUACUUUUACUUUUACCAUUUACUAAGGAAGAAAAAGUCUUGAAGAAAUUGGUAAAGUCAUGGAAAAUUGGUGAACAUGACAUUUAUAGUUUUAUCAUGUGAAGAUAUCUCUUAUAGUGAUACAUGCCUUGUGGCAAAACUAACACAAUGAGUAUAUAGUUUUUUUUAGAAGCGGAAAGAUGGAAUACAACAACCAAUGUUACAAUCAAACUAAGAAAUAACGUGUAAAUAUUACGUGAAGAGUUACGAUAUCAUAAUAUAUGUUCUAUAGAACGAU